GCAAAAAGGACAUUUCGAACAAUUUCGCUCUGGCAUUAUCAACAGCCAAUAAAAGAAAAACCACCCGCACGAAACUCUGCGACGCCGCGGCCAUAUUUCCCCACCCACUCUUCUUCAACUUUCUCACUCUACAACUGACAAACUACACGUAAUUCCAAGCGAAUCUGCUCCCGAAGCCGCCGAUCUUGCUUCUGCCGACCAGAUUUCCGGCGGAAUCGACCCCGGAAGCUCGGAGCCAUGCAGCCGGAAGUCACCGCCGUCAAUUCGUCUCUCGAGAAGCCGCUUCACCAGCUCACCGAAGAUGACAUUGCUCAGGUCACCCGCGAGGACUGCCGCCGUUACCUCAAGGAAAAAGGGAUGAGGCGGCCGUCGUGGAACAAAUCGCAGGCGAUUCAGCAAGUGAUAAUGCUGAAGACUCUCCUUGAGGUGGCGCCGGAUUCCGACUCCGGUUCGCGCAAGAGGCUCCGAUUUUCCCGCCCUAACGACAAUGGUGUUAUCCCGGAGAGUGUUACCAAAGCAACCCACAUUGAGGGGGAAACUUCUGUAUCGGCUGAAUAUACGGCGCCGUUUUGUGGAAAGGAUCUCGACAAACCUGAUUCUUCCGGUGCCGCUGCCCGUUGUCUUGCUGUCAACAAUGACCCUACUCUAUCUAGAACAACAGCAUCAUUAGGUAUGCCGGUGGGACAAAUGACGAUUUUUUAUUGUGGCAAAGUAAAUGUGUAUGACGAUGUUCCAGAAGACAAGGCGCAAUCAAUAAUGCAUAUUGCUGCAAGCCCGGUACAGUUUCCACAAGAACAGCAGCCAGUUGAUGAUACUAUCAUUAUUCACCCUUUAACCAGCCUCUCGAAAGCUGUGAGUGUGAAAGCAGGUCUAGAUUCUCCCGUCGCUCUCUUGCCAGCUCUACAGACAGUGAAAAUGAGUGAAAACUCUCGAGCGCUUGCGGAUGAAUGUAUCUCACUUCGUGAAGGGACCCCUGUGGAGGGUCCAUCAACCAGAAAAGCAUCGGUGCAGAGAUACCUCGACAAGAGAAAAGACAGGUUUAAGAGCAAGAGAAAGGCAGGAAUAACCUCAUGCACAAGCUUGGACGUGCAAUUCAACCAUCAAAAGAAUAAUCAAAUACCAAAUGACUUCUUGAAUAGAAGCAACACAUGCUCACCACCACCAAUCAAACCACCUUCUACCCCUACAAGAUGCAGCUCUGUGGACAAUGAUUCAUUAAGGAAUCUUUGUGGUUCUACUGAUCUGAAUAACUGAGGUUUACAGGUAUCAACUGAACGCGUUGAACUGAGCUUUUUUUAGUUGGUUGUUUUUGCAUGAGGCCGGUGACGAUAGAGUUAUUUAUUUAUUUAUUAUGGAUGAUCUGUUGAAUUGACAACAAAGCCAUUUAACUGGUUUCCGAUGUGCUGUCUUGGUGUCCGAAAUUCAAUGUAUAUGUAUGUGGAGAGGAGUAGCUGUUAGCGUCAUUUUUCUUUUAUGUAAGUUUGCGUCCUUUGUUGUUUGAAUCAAUGAACGUUUUAUCAAUCUCCGGUCUGAGAACUGAAGCUGGUUUUCAAGUACUUGGUAUCUCUUUGUAUAAUUAUACGAUUUUUAAUUUAUUAAGGGUUAGUUCUAAUUCUUUCA